CACUCCUUAUAAUAAACCAUCUCUCAGCCGGCGCAACUACACGUCUCUCGUCCAGCUCAGAGCAAGCGCACCUAAACCCUCAGACUGGGUUUCUCUAACUCCGCUACUGAGAAAUAACAACCAGGACCAGUCCGGUUUCACUGUUAACGCCGGCCGCAGCGGGUGGAAGUCGUCUGCAGGUGGCACUGCGGUUAAAGAUGGCAGCUCUGCUCUGGUGCUUAUACCAGGCUAUCCUCCUCACCUCAUUGGCUUCGGCACAUGGUGCUGACCCUGGGCCACGAGGCAGCAGGCGGGGGGCAUCUCUGGCCUCACUAGAAAGCGGUGAAGCCCCGUUGCUCCCAGAGGGGUGGCCACAGCGCGAUGCCACUCACCGGAGGCUGGGCAAGGAGGGGGGACCACGGGAGAGGCGAGGGCCUGUGGGCAAGCGAGAGACCGGCCUCCUGGGCUUCGGCGCGUCACAGCGGGAGCUGGGCAACCAGCCACCAGGAGGCGAAAGUGCACGGAAAGGUCGUCGCCAUGGACAACAGGCAAUGCACAAGAAGCACGGCAACCGCAAGGACAAGGUCCGGCAGGCCAAAGGCCGGGUGCCUUACCUCGAGGGGGGCACCGUGCUUAAGAACAUAGAGGUUUUUGAAGACCACUCCCAGAGCCUGUUUCCUGCUCUGCCCGUCACCACGGCCCCUCCCACCACUGCUCCCAUCCGCCCCGACUCUUCCGCAGUAACCACGGCGACUAGCGAACAAACCCCCGCCCUGCAUCCAGCCUCCACCAAACCGCAGAAGUCGGGCAGGGGAAAGGCCCAGGGGGAGGUUCUGCCCACACUGGACAUGGCCCUCUUUGACUGGACUGACUACGAGUACAUGAAACCGGCAGAUACGUGGCCAUCAUCUAAGAAGAAAGAUAAGCAGCGCAGUAAGAAUCUGAGCAGCGGCAAUGUGACGGCGGACCCCGAUGCUAUCGAGCCCUGUGACCACCACUUAGACUGCCUUCCUGGCUCCUGCUGUGACUUGAGGGAGCAUGAAUGCAAGCCUCACAACCGUGGACUGAACAAUAAGUGCUAUGACGACUGCAUGUGUGAGGACGGCCUCCGCUGCUACGCCAAGUUCCACCGGAAGAGGCGGGUGACGCGGAGGAGGGGGCGCUGCGUGGAGCCUGAAUCGGCUAACAGCGACCAGGGGGCUUUCAUUACAGUCUAGGACACUGUGGGGGGCGGGGG